GCACGUGCCGGUGUUUGUGUACGUGCGGCCGCCGCCGGGCGCGGAAGGGCCGGGGAGCCGAGGGUGAGGCCGCCGGGGCGCGUCCGCGAGGGGCCGUCCCUCUGGCCCGGGCAGUACAAAUCCUCCCGCACCGGGGCUGGCUGUGCUCUUACCGGCCGGUCAGCAGCGCCUGCCCCGCCGCGCGGCACUCCCAAGGCCUCCGGUCCUCUGCUUUCGGUGGACAAUGUUGUUGCUUGACUGCAACCCAGAGGUGGAUAGUCUGACGCAUCUGCUGGAGGCGGGCGCCUCGGUCAACGCACCCCCGGACCCCCGCGAGCAGUCGCCGGUCCAUUUGGCCGCAGGUGGCGGCCUCGCCUGCUUUCUUCUGUGGCAGCUGCAGACGGGCGCCGACCUCAACCAACAGGAUGUUUUUGGAGAAGCUCCACUACACAAGGCGGCAAAAGUUGGAAGUCUGGAAUGCCUUAGCCUGCUUGUAGCCAGUGAUGCCCAAAUUGAUUUAUGUAACAAGAACGGGCAAACAGCCGAAGAUCUAGCUUGGUCAUGUGGAUUUCUAGACUGUGCCAAGUUUCUUACAACAAUUAAAUGUAUGCAGACAAUAAAAGCAAGUGAACAAUCGGAUAGAGAUCCUUGUGUUCCAGGGCUCAGACAGAAAAGAAGUUUUGGAAGUGCAGAAAAUACAACUGGAAAAAGGAAGUGUUGAUUCAUGUCGGUUCUGAAAAGCUUUGAAGAAAGCCUUCACGCCACGCAGACCUACUGUCGGCUAUGAGCAAUGGCUUCUGGCUCACCAGGUGUACCUAAACUCCUUCUAAGAAGGAGGAAAACUUUCUUCUAAGUGAAGAUAGCAUUUAGGAACACAUGUUUUUACAUGCCUAGAAUAUUUUGGUUGUGCAUGCUUUGUCUGUUAAAUUAUUAAAGAAUGUCUAAAGAAUAAACUUUUCUUUGUGUACAA